GGGAAGGGCAUCAGAACAGCGACAGAGCUCGCAGAGCCAACUACCAAAAGAUCAGCUCAAACUACAAGAACUAAAGAAGCCAAACUCAACCAAAAUCAAGAUGGCAUUAGGCAGCGAGAAUCAAAGCCAGAGUCUCUCUCUCUACCAUCAGCAGCAGAAGCAGCAGCAGCAGCAGCGGAUGGCGCCCUAUGCCAAGCCGAGCAGCUAUUUGCAGCAGCAGCAGCUCGAUGACGACGAUGAGCCGCUGCAGCUGCUGGGCGGCGGUUCGGUGGUGCGUCGCAAUGCUAGAGAGCGCAAUCGCGUCAAGCAGGUGAACAAUGGCUUUAGCCAGCUGCGCCAGCACAUACCCGUUGCCAUCAUUGCCGACCUGAGCAAUGGCAGGCGCGGCAUUGGGCCCGGCGCCAACAAGAAGCUGAGCAAGGUCAGCACCCUGCGCAUGGCCGUGGAGUAUAUUAGGCGGCUGCAGCGCGUCAUCGAUGACAAUGAUCGGCAGCACAAGCAGCAGCAGCAGCAGCAGCAGCAACUGUUGCUGCCACAGCAGCAGCAGCAGCAACACCAGCCACAGCAACAGCAACAGUUUGCCCAACAGCAGCAACACUUCAACUACCAGCAGCAACAGUUGCAGCAACAGCAGCAGCAACUCUAUGCGCUGCAACAGCAACUGCAGCUCAUCUCGCCCAGCUCCAGCACGUGCUCAUCAUCAGCCGGCUCGACCAGCAGCUCCAGCUUCGAUUCAUCCUAUUUCGCCUGCGCUCCUGCUCAGCUCAAGCAGGAGGAGACGAGCGCCGGCGGCUACGAAGAUUAUCCCAACAACUCGUGCAGCUCGGGCGCCGAGGAUGACGACAUACUCGACUAUAUAUCGCUCUGGCAGGACGAUAUGUAAGCAAUAGAGACACAAUUCCCUACAACAACAACUAGUCAAGUUUUAACCACCUCAAGUAUUACCUCAGCCAACGCUCAAGUAUUUAUUCUAUUAUUAAGCACAAUUUUUUUUUUUCAACUCUUUUUUUUUUUUGUUUUACAAACACUUUGUACAAAUUAGUUUUAAGUGCGCUGAAUGUGCCUGUUCAUUAUAUAGUUUAUAAGACUGCCUACUCCUAAGAACUAGCUUAACAUGGAAGACAAUUAGCUGUAAGAAAUUCAUAUUUUUUUUCCUUAAGCCUAAGCAAACACAUGGAGGACACUAAA